AUGACAGUUUCGGAACUCAAACUCCAAGAGCCCAUCACGCUCCCAUGUGGUCUCACACUCCCCAAUCGACUGUCCAAAGCCGCCAUGGCUGAAAGCUGGGCAGAUAAAGACUAUUUGCCUGGCCAGAGAAUAUUCAAGAUUUAUGAAAACUGGGCUGAUGGCGGAUGGGGAUCGGUCCUCACAGGCAAUGUGCAAGUCGAUGUCAGAUAUCUGGGCAGUCCUGCCGAUAUGAGCCCCAACGAGAACGUUGAUAGAGGGAAAAUCCUGGAUUCAUGGAAAAAAUGGGCAGAGGCGAGCUCCAAAAACGGCACUCCUGUGAUUAUGCAAAUCAACCACCCAGGACGACAAAGCCCUGCCGGCGCCGGCACCAGGGGGUACUUUGAGAAAUCAAUUGCUCCAAGUGCAAUUCCAUUGCACCUAGGCAAUGGCAUUCUAGCCAGGCUUGCCAGAGCAUUCGUCUUCGGAUCACCCAGGGAGAUGAGUGUUGAGGACAUCCAGCGCGUCGUUACUCAAUUUGCAGAGACCGCCAAGCUGGCCGCGGAGGCCGGUUUUGCUGGUGUUGAGCUCCACGGAGCGCACGGCUACUUACUGUCUCAGUUUUUGAACCCUGCGUCUAACCAACGCCAGGAUCAAUAUGGUGGAUCUGCCAAAGCUCGCGCAAAGAUUGUCGUCGACAUCAUCAAGGCCGUGAGAGAGGCUGUUCCAAAGGGUUUCUGUGUCGGCAUCAAACUGAACAGCGCAGACUUCAAAGACAAAGAGCAGCUUGCCGCUUGUAUCGAACAGCUCAAGGAAAUCACAGACGCCGGCGUCGACUUCCUUGAGAUCAGUGGUGGUUCCUAUGAAGACCCUUCAAUGAUGCAGGCAUCCAGGUCCGCAAGUACUCUGGCCCGCGAGGCCUUUUUCCUCGACUUUGCAAAAGAGAUCCGUGACAGGUUCAGGCACGUUCCCUUGAUGGUGACAGGCGGCUUCCGGACACGCGAAGGCAUGGAGGCAGCGCUUCGUGAGGAUGCUUGCGAUAUUGUCGGCAUUGGCCGACCUGCCGCUCUUAAUCCUUCAUUGCCUAAGAAUUUGAUCUUCAACAAAGAAAUCAAGAACGAAGAUGCUAGGGCGUUUACGAGAAAGGCGCCGGACUUGUUGCUGCCAAAGUUGCUCGGCAUCAAGGUCAUGGCCGGUGGAGCAGAGACUUCUUGGUACAUGAAGCAAAUGCGGUCGAUGCCAACCUCAGUUUAG